UCAAAGGUCAACAAGUGGACAAAAAAAACCAAUCAAUAAGAUUAAAUUCAUUUCAUUUUAGUUUAGGUUGAUUCGACAAAAAAUGUCGCAAACAUUUCUAUUAGAACCAGAUAUAAUAGCUGCAGCAGAAAAUGUACUGCCGGAGCUUAACACGGACUUGGUGCUGGCGAAAAACUACUUGAAGACCCAAAGCGCAGCGUCUGGUGACUCUUUAUACGACCAUCUAGUAGACAUGGUGCACAAUCUCCUGACGCACAAGCCGCCAGACGCGGUGGAUCACUUCGAGAGGCUCUCCUGGGACGUCAAGAGAGAGAAGUUCCGGCCCAACUUCGACCUCCUGAACGAAGUGUUCCUCGCGCCGCCACAGCUCGUCGCUGUGAGGCGGACUGAGGAGAUGUUUCUGAUGAUAGAAAGCAAGGCGGAGAACCUGGAUGACGAUUUGAGUGAAGAGGAGCCAGACCUGGACCUGGAGGAAGAGCUGCAGAAGCCCAGAGUGGCUGACCUGCUGGAACACAACCAGAACUUCAAGGAAGGAGGCUACGGUCUGCCAGACAGUGAGUGCUUCCCUCUCUACAUCGCGCUGAAGAUGCUGGCUGCUAAGGAGGGUGUCGCGAGCGUCAGAUUCUUCGGAAAAAUAUUUGGGACGAAGGCAAACUACUACGUGGCCGAAACUGAACUCACCGCCGAAGAAAUGGAGAAGAGGAUACGUGACUUCGAUAUGAAAGACAUGGCUGGCGAGGGCGAGGGUGAAGAUGUGGGAGAGGAGAAGCCGGUGGAAGACGAGGAAAAAGCAGAAGCCGAAGAAGUACCAGAGGAAGUAGUAGGUGAGGAAAUAGCGGAGAAGCCCUCUGGACCGGUGCCUCCGAAGCUACCCCCGAUCCCCGUGUCAACCUGGCAGCCGCCGCCGCCGAUACCACCUGAGAGACCAGGGGAAGGAGUCAAUAGGAAGGUAUACUGGGUGUGCCACUGCCCCGGGGAGCAGUGGGUGAGCCUGCCCGACGUGACCCCGGACCAGAUCCGCGUCGCCAGGCUCACUGUCCACGCGCUUACAGGCGACCUUGAGGCUGAGGUGAUCCUGUUCCCUCCAUUCGACGGUGUAGAGAAAAACUACCUGCGCGCGCAGCUCGCGCGCCUCGCCGCCGCCACCGCCGUGUCUCCACAGGGGUUCUAUACCUUCGGCUCAGGCGAGGAGGAGGAGGAUGUGGACGUGGAAGAUGGAGGUGACAUGGAUUUGAGCCCGAACCCGUACUACGAAGGGCACUCCAUCAAGGACCUGCUGGACCCCUCGUACUGGGUGCACCACGAGCGCCACAUCCUCAAGCAGGGAAGGACCAUCUGGUGGAACCAGGAUGCUGGCAUGGACGAAGCCAUAGCAGAAGAGGAAGACGAAGAUGCCUUCCCCCAGCAGCAGCCGGAGUCGGGUCCCCCCCUCAUGACGUCACUGUCUGAGGACGCCAGGAUUGAGCAGUUCCCCGCCUGGACUGCCAGAAGCAGCACCCGGCUGGUGACAGAGCGCGCGCUGGUGACACUGCGCAGCACCCGCUGGCCCGGCGCCGUGGCUUACGCCACCAGCGGCAAAAAAUCGGAGUGCAUGUACGUGGGCUGGGCGCUCAAGUUCCUGCCUCCGAACUUCUCUCCCAUGCAGCUGCCGAAGGUCCAGGACGAGUACCCGCUCGGCCCCGAGAUCAUGGAGAUGGCCGACCCCACCGCCGCUGAUGAGGAGGCGUACCGCAUCCUACACCUGCCCCCGGAGCCGGCGCAGGAGAUGAUGGAGGAGGAGGUUCUCACGGAGGAAGAAGAAGAAGACGAAGAUGAAGAUGAGGAGUAGACUUGAAAUAGUGUACAGUUGAAGUAGGUUGCGGUCUUAUUAUUAUUUAUGAUGAUACCAAACACACUAGUUAAUUUGGGCUUCGCAAAAAUCUGCGACUGUUUUGACAGUUUUUCAAGGCAAAUACUUGAUUA